AAAAAAUUGGGAUAAGAAUAGCAGUUAUUAUUCAACUUUGCUGUGAUCGAUUAUUAUUAGAGACAUUUGUUUUGAUAUGCGACGUCGCACGACCCGAACAUUUUUUACAUGAAAAUAUGUAUAAAUUGACUCAAGGUCCAAGCAAGUUCAAUAUUCAGAAGAGGAGGGGAUUACAGCAGCCAGUAGAUGAAGGAGAAAGUGGCCGUAGCAUGAUUAACCCACAGACUUCACCUAGACCUUCCUUUAGUAGUGCUGUUAUAUCUGGCAGAAAAAAAGAUCAUCACUCAAAACACUCACAUCUAGAACCAGGGCUUUCUGUCGACCACUUUGGACGAGACCACUAUGAACUAGUCAAGAUGUUAAAUGCAGAAUGGGAAAGGACACAAAAAGAACUCAAUGACUGUAGACAGGGAAGAAAAGGAACGUGUGUAGAGGAAUUUGUAGAUAAAGAAGAAAAUCCAUCUCUUAGAUAUUUCAAGCCAUUUGACUGGGACAGCCUCUGCCUUACGAGACUCAUGCCAGUCCUUGAUGGAGAAACGUAACCCACACCUUGAUACACCCCCAUCCAUAGCAAUAUGUCCAUCUCUUAGUACCUUAGAGGCAGAAAGUCAUUAGGACAUCUGUACAAAUUUUAUUGCAUUAAUGUCUUUCUGCCUCUCCAAGCAAUGUGAUGAUUCAACGAAUGUACAGUAUAUUGUGUGUGUAUGACUUUGAUAUUGUUGGUGGGAUGAUAAGACAUUGUCAUCCAAUUUCUUAUGAUUUCUUUGAUGGGAGCUCAAGACAUAUUUUCUGCUCUGUCAAAAUGCUAUCAUAACCCUGUCAAUUAUGUUAUGGUAGCCUUGUCUUUUAGCUCUCCUGAAAAGUUUACCCCCCCCCCCAUGAAAAAGAAAGAAAUCUCAGGUACAAUGUUUUAUUGUCCCACUGACGAUAUAUUAAUGAACUUAUCCCUUUGAAGUGCAUGUACAUGCUUCACUUCUGAAUCCUACUCAGGUUGAACCAAACCUUUUUAUGAGUUGGAUCAUAAUGUCAUGCACUGAAUAUGAAUAUAAUCUCACAGAGAGAUAUAUAUACAAAAUUCUUAUGAAAGAAUAUAUAUAUUUUUUAUAGGAGGUUGUAAAAAGCAAUAUAUAUAUAUAUAUAUGAUAGGCUUGCUAUUGAUUGAGGAGAAAGCAAAUGUGUACACUUUGAAUUUGUAAUACUGGAUAUUACUUGUAGUUCCCAUAAUUUAUUCUUAAGAUGAAGGAUUAGGCAGAUAUCUUUAAGGGGUUCCUGGUUCAUAAAACGUGAUUUGAAAAAAAAAGCUUUCCUAUUGACGAAUGAAAUUGCAAGAUUUCAGUAACUUACAACAAGAUUUGUAUUUUGUAAUUGAUUACAAGCUUUUUGACCCAGGGCCGUAAUAUAUUCAAGAAGGCAAUAAUAUUGUAUUGGGUAGUGACAGUAGUAUCUAUUGCCAAUACAAAUGUGCACAUUUAGAAAUCUGUAUCUAAGGUUGUAUUAAGGCGAUAUAUGCUGAAAAAAUAUUGGCUCAAAACAUGGUUCCAUUCUCGUGGCAUCUGUUUAUCAUGAGUAAAAAAAGACAGCAGUCCUCUAAAAACAUGUUUUUUCCAGAAUAUUGUAGGGGAUAUCAUUUGAAAGCCAAGACAGUGCCAAGUAUGUUUAUAGAUGUCACAAUGCAGAUAUUGUGUUAAAUGUGCAAGAUGAUUAAUUUUUGCAUUUCUUGACACAAAUCGCCUGCACUAUGCAAAUUAAAUUCCCUGUAAAGCUUUUAGUUUGUAAUGCAUGGGUGUUUGAUUUCAAUCUUUCUGUUGCCAAUUUAGGUUUCGGUUGGUCAACUUUAGUUUCAUUUGCUUGAGGGUUUUAAAAGUUGUUCUGAUUUGUUUGUAGUUUUGCCUUAUUUUCCUCUCCCAUUUUUUUCAAUUUAUUUUUUUGUUCAAAGAAAGAUGUUUUUUAAUGAUUCUUUUUUUUCACGUGUAUUAUUGUGGUAGGUUGACUGUUUAGCAUGUCAACUCUUAAGCCAGUUUUGCCUAAGUUCACAGAUAAACUCAUGACAUAUUCUGCCUGUUCAGAACUGGACAGGUCAACAGCUUUUUGCAGUCAUGUAAAAAAAAAAACUGUCCGUCUUUGUAACAUGUUUGAUAAAUUGUACCUGGGCCAGUAUUCAAAUCAAUACUUCAGCCAGAAUAUUAAGCAUUUUACUCAGUAUUUUGCGUAUGUAAUUUACUUUACCAUCUUUGGUAUUCAAUUGCAUUUUUUUGGCUUAGUAUUUUGCUUAAAUCUAAGUCAGCCGCCUGCCAGACUUAGUGAGGCUUGUGUGCAGUUUACGAACAUGAUACACACAGUCAUACAAUCUGCACAUAGAUGGAUACGUACAUUGCAUGUUAUUUCGCUCCAACUUUAUGAUGUCACAAUGGUUAUUAUUUUGCUUCAAUUUGGCUUCAUAAAGUAAAUUACUUAGAUGUAAUUUGAAUACGAGUUUAAGAAUUUUGCUGAGCCAAUGAAAAUGCUGAGUAAAAAACUUUCUCAAACCAUACUUUCAAUUGAAUACUGGCCCUGUAUCCUAUUUACUACGUACCUUAUUGUGGUGAGCUUUGUUGCUUGUGUUUCCAGUGUUAACUAACAAGAUCUUUGCAAGAACAAAAUGCAAUGCAACUGUAUAGAGAACUACAGAAAUAAUGGGGAGAAAUAUCUUGGACUUUACCCUGAAGAAGAAUAAGAAAAACAAAAAUAAUUGUUCACCUUGGCUUUGUACAUCAUCUGGGAUGCUGUUGAUUUCAAUUUUCAAUACAGUACAUAACAUGCAUGCUUGGAAACAAUGCUUUAAUACAAGUACUGGAUAAAUACUCAGUGGGAAUGAUAUUUCUGUACUGACUAUAGUACUUUUAAACUCUCAAAAAUAAAAUGUUUGUAUUGACUUUUAUUGAAUGCAGACCUGGGGAGUGAUUCUCACUAAUUUAUUUUGAGCCGAUCAGGUGCAAGGUUUCUUUUAACAGUUAUCAGUGAAAAUCACCUACUAUCUGUUACAUGGAAUCCUCCUUGGAACUGGCCAUGCAGUUGUAGAUGUAAGAGUCUAAGAGCAGUCUUUCAUGAAAAAAAUAUCUACAUGUAUGAGGUUGUUAUAUAUCUCAUCCUUGUAUUAGAAAUAUUGCAUUAAGAGUGACGGGGGGGGGGGGGACAAAAGGUCAAAUUAAAGAAAUCAAAAGAGAUUUUUAGUUAAAAGAAAAGUCUAAUGUAUUCAUAAGUACAAAAUAUGGUAUUCAUCUUUAGUUGUUUAUAUGUGUGAAAAAUAACAUCGAAGUGGCAGUAUUCGGUAUAAAGCCAAAGAUGUAUCCUAUGUAUUAGAUUGGUUUGGUCUCGCAUCGUUCUGUGUGCAAGCCUUGCCUGUGACUUUUAUUUUAUGCCCGCAGGUCGCUCGCAUUGACAGUAUCUCACAAGCAAGCCCGAUUUGCACCAGAAAAUUUUGUGAACAUGCUCAACUUUGUUGUGGGUGAGUUGUGGGCAAUCACCCACAAGGCUUGCAUGGAACUAUGUGACAGGGCCUUGAAUGUUUAAAUAGUGAGGAGGGGGGGAGGGGUUCACAGUGACCAUACGGUGUACUUAUUGUGAUUAAACAUUAAAUGUGGAGUGAGCUAUUUGUACUCUAGUACAGAACUGAAUCUGUAUUACUUGCAAUCAUCAGGUGGAGUGAAUGGGGGGGAGGGGGGGGGGGGAGUGGCAGGGUAUACUUUAUCCUCAAACCUAUGUUUCCCAUGUUUCAUCUUCCAUGAUAUUGCAGUGUGUUUAAACAAGGUUGAUAUCCUUGCUGUUUUUUAUAUGUCAUUGUGACUUACAGUUUUCAUGAAUAUUUCUUUGGUCUAUAUAUCUGGCCUUAUUGACCUUGAUGUGGUACUUGUGUCUAUUUCUCUGCCUUACUUGACUACCCGUCCUUUUAACAAGACUGUGUGGGUGCAAUUUGAAUUCAAUUAUAUCAAUUUUAAAUCUAGCUUAUGUAUAGAAAUAAAAAGAGUGGAACUUUUAACCUUUAUUAUGUAAAGGAUAUAAUAAAAAAAUGAACAUGAAGCCUAAAA